AUGAUGGAAUACGACUUAGCAAGAAUUGAUUAUAUACUUUGUGGUAUUACCUUUCCUGACACUCUCAAAAUUCUCCCUAAUCCUGGUCACAAAACCCUGCAGAAGUUUGCUGUUGGAGAUAAGAACGGUGUUCUACAAUGCCUUUGUAUAAAAGACGAAGAACCGAUUGUACAGUUCAAAACAUUACCAGGGAAACCAAUCACCUCAAUACAAGUUGCAUCGACAAAUGGCAAUCACAUAGAUAAAAUUUUCGCUGCAUCUGGCCAUGAAGUUAAGGGUUACACAAGGAAAGGCAAAGUAUUUUUAACAAUCGAAACCUCAGUGUCAGAAACUAUAACAUCAAUGUGCAUUUUGAAUAGCGAUUUGGUACUAUGCAGCGGACGGACUGUUACUUUCUACCGCGACUUGAAAGAGAUUUACACUUACGCAUGCGAAGAUCGAGUGCUAGACAUUGCCGCCUUUUCUACACCAAAUAGCACUCGUGUCCGUCUGCUGGUACUGAUUGGCAACAAAGGUGCGGCGGUGAUAGAGAAUGGAGAGCUCCUAGCGCGGACACAGAUAUCAUCAGGGCCAACCCGUCUCAUCGUACCUCCUGCACAACGCUCGUCGGAAGUUACCGUGUUCUACGGUGCCGCUGAUGGCUCUAUAGGACUUAUUCAAUACGAGACGGAUCUAUCGAGCACAUGCCUAGUGGAAGGCGGUGGGCUGGGCGCAGUGGUAUGCGUGGGCUGGUACUUCAGCAACGGCGCUCACUUGGCGGUCGGCCGGCACGACGGCUCCGUGCAGCUCUACCUUGUUGACUUGGACAAUGUUAAUGAGAAGCCACGGUUAAAGUUUACUUAUUUUUGCGGUGAGCCAAUAACAUCAGUAUGCGGUGGUAGCGUGGGCACAGAGGAGACCGAACUAUUGGUCUCUACAUUCUCUGGUAGAGUGUUCGCGUUACGCUCCCAGCGGCUGAUCUCUGGAGGUGUGGCGUUGAACAACAUGACUCCUGAAGCAUUAGCUUCAAGAAGAAAUAAACUCGAGUUGGAAGUGGCGCGGUUGGAAAAACAAACAGCUGCUGAGCGUGAAAAAUACCAACGAAAUACGCGUUCUUUGAACGCCGGUAUGUCAACACCACCACUCUUGGAAAUUCAAUAUGAGUUAACAGGUGCGAUGCUUAAUGGUUGGCAAGAAGUAAUAAUCACUGCUGGCGUUCCUUUGGACAUGCUUUUUAUUUACUGCAAUAAAAAGGUUGAAGUACAAACUGACAGUGCUGCCGUUUUAAGCGUUUGUCCUCCGCAGGGCAAGGCAUCAGAAAUCCUCGCAACAGUGAGAUGUCAAGCAGGUACGAGACGUAUCUGGCUACAAAUGAGGGCAGUCGUUGAUUGUGGGCCUGAGAUGACUGAGUGUACACAAGUACUGGUGUACGUGCUGCCCGCCGGCGCUCCAAGGAUCGCUAGGCUCAUCAAACUGUCAUUGCCCGCCUUACCGCAAUACUCACAGCACGGUGACCCAGACCGUGAUGAUGAUAGAGUCUGGUGUGAAUUGCGUUUGUCGGGCGGGUUUUCCGUGGCUGAAAUGACUUCAUGGCUCAGCGAUGCGCUGCCCGGUGAACUGCCAAGGCCUGCCGUCAGCAUUUCCUUCGCCAGGGUGCAUUGUCUUUUAAAGACAGUUAUUAUUUGCCGAUAUCAGAGUUUUGAUUGGCUAAUAAGAAAGAAAUCUUUCAGACGAGGUUCAGCUGUAUUUAAAUCUGACAAUGUAUCAACUAUCGCCACAUUAAAAGACCUUUUGUCUAUUUGUUCUUUGAAGAGAGCGAUUCGAGUCGAUAUAUCGUGCGAUAUUCCAGAAAUGUGUUGUUUAAUGUUAUUUAAAAGUAUCAAGGAUCAGUUUCUAUCAGAAUAUCAGAGAAAGAAAGAAUUUAUAUUGAAAGAAGCUAUUGGUGCCCUUGAUUUAGACGUAAAUAUCAUUAACAGCGAAUCUGAACCAAUUCUCUGUGAGGAAUACGUACGAGUGUGGAAAUCCGUGGAUACUACAAAAAAUACAUUAUUCUUCAAUGAAUUAGCCGCUACAGUGGAACAAUGGUAUUCUGACUGGUGCAAAUUAUCUUUAUACGGUCGUGAUAACAGCAGCCAGAAGACACAACUGAAAUUAGCACUGCAAGAAUGUCAAGUCAAUGAUAUUGAAGGUAUUUUGUCGCUUAAAGAUUUACAAAUUAAUUCUAAUAUGUAAUUACAAUUUGUUGUUUAUUAUUAUCGUUUAAUUUUAAAA